UCCGCGUAAUGAAUAGGUAUUUCAUUGAUAUCCUCUUACAACCACAUUUGGCUAAACACUAAAUAUAAAUAAAAGUUUUUGACUUUGAAUUUAGGCUUCAGGACCUACGCAAAGCCUUAUUUCCUCUUCAUCAAAGCUGUAAUGUUGAUGUAAACCCCGGAGAAAUCGUUUGCAACUAUAUCCGAACACAUUCUGGGAGCAGCUGCGAAUAGGCAGACACAAAGGCGUGAACGAGUGUGUAACAGCCGUGUAUAUUUGUGUGGGCGCCGAGGAAACCACAAACAGCCACAGCGAUGGUGGGAAUUAUCGAUGAGGUGCAGCUGUUUUAUCCCCUAGGAACCCGCAUCAAAAUUGGAGACAACUACGGCACAGUGCGUUAUGUGGGAGAGGUGAGCGGCCAUAUGGGUACCUGGCUAGGAAUCGAAUGGGAUGACGGACUACGUGGCAAACACAACGGCAUCGUGGACGGCAAGCGCUACUUUCAGACGCAGACACCCACGGGAGGCAGCUUCAUCCGACCGGGAAAGGUAGGGCCGUGUGCCACCCUGGAGGACGCUGCCCGGGAGCGGUACCUAAACUACGACUCGAGCAACGUCGACGAGUCUCUUAUCCGGGAAGCUCAGGCCAGCCUGCAGGCAUCGCUUUUUGAAGUCGUGGGCAUGGACAAGAUCGCUCGCAAGCAAAGCAAGUUCGAGCAGCUGGAGGAGGUGAGUGUAGACCAGACGCCGGUAAACGCUGCCGGGUACCUGAAGGAGUUGACACACCUCACCACGUUGAACGUCAGCCAUACCUUAAUCUGGAAUUGGGAGAUCGUGGCCAGCAUAGCGCAACAGCUACCCUCCUUAACCAACCUGAACCUGAGCUCCAACCGAUUGGUCCUGCCCACGUCAUCCCAAAUCACGGAGCUUGAGCCCUCAUUUCGGCACCUUAAGCGCAUCAACCUUCGCAGCUGUGGCUUUUCCGACUGGAAGGAUGUAAUGCACACAGCGCUUCUCUGGCCAAAUAUUUUGUCACUGGGCUUACAGGAGAAUUCACUCGGCCAGCUAGCAGAAGUCGAUCGAACAAAAAUAUUUAAGCAGCUACAUGAACUCGACUUACACCGCACGAACAUUAUGGAUUUUGACCAGGUGGCAAAGUUGGGCAACCUCACGACUUUGCGCCUAUUGAAUAUCAUGGAAAAUGGAAUCGAGGAGAUAAAACUUCCCGACUGUGAUUCACAAGAAAAGCUUAAUAUGUUUGUCUCGCUGGAGCAGCUGAACCUGCUUCACAAUCCCAUUUGGAAUGAGGCUGAUGCGUUUAACGAGCUGGACAAGCUACCACAGCUGAAACGCCUGAGUAAGACUCCGCACUUAAAAUCAAACUUUGAUGAAAUGUUCUCCAAGGCUGUAGCUAGCAUAGCCAGCCUGCAGUUCAUUAAUAAAGCCGAGGUGACAGCGGAACAGAGACGUGGAGCCGAGUACGAUAUUUGGAAAAAGUAUGCUCUAGAUUGGAUGCAGGCGACGCAAGGUGGGACGGACUCCUUACGGGAGUUUUGCCGAAGACAUCGCACCUACCCACUGCUGGUUAAAAAGUAUGGUUCCCCGGCAGACUUUGUACCGCGUAGUCAAGCGAAGCAAUCGAAUUUGAUUAAUGUUUCCAUAAGGCAUCAGCUGACGGGUGAGACCUGGGAGAAAAAAGUCCCGCGAAUGAUUACUGUGCAGACGCUGCAGGGAUUGGUUAUGAAGCGAUUCCGGUUAAGCGGUGACGUCCCACAGCUUUGCUACGUUGAUGCGUUGCAUCCGGAUCUUGUGGUACCAUUGGAUAACAAUGCUAAAACACUGGACUUUUAUUCUGUACAGGAGCAUGAUACAGUUUUGGUUCAAUAGCUGCCAGUAUAAUAGCAUGGACUUUGCCCCAUUCUCCGUAUUCAGAUGUAUUACAGUUUUGGACAAAUGAAAAUCAAAAAUUCCUGUUCGAUUUUACUUCUGUCUCCCUCUGUUUUAAAUUGCAAAUGUUAUGUUAAGGUACUAAUAAGUUCAAAAUUUCACUAAGCAAUUCCACUCAGAUAUUUAUACUGUUUUGCUUUUCAAAAAAGAAAACACGCUAUUUAACCAGAGAAUUAAAAAAGCUUUUUGCUGAUAUUGUGGGACAUAACGAUGUUAUCAGCUGUAUUAAAGUUGAAGUAAAUGUGUUUUUCAAAUAUUU